UUAAAGAAGCACGACGUAAAUGUUACGAAUCCAACCCCGUGAUCUCAGGGUUUAAUUUAAGAGGCAGACUAGGCUGUUUUAUUAGGGGGAACAAACUACUUCACCGAAAAAAAAGUUGGGGGAAUGCAAGAAAGAAAUCCAGAGGUAAAAUCAAGCGAACGGAGCGACUGACUGUUGGUUCAAUUUUGCAAUUAAUUAACACUGAAGUUUCACAACUGAACUUUAUUUUCGGGGGUUUAAAUUGGUAUCAUCAAUCGGACAGAAUGGCCCACCAUAUGGCAGAGAGAGCCAAGACAGGUGGUGGGGUCGCCAAUGUUCAUCUCCUUGGCCCAUAUGAGGAGACAAUCCUUGAGCUUGCGGGAGAGGAUAAAGACUGUUUGUGUGGGGAUGCCAACAUCUCCAUGUUCCAGCAAUCAAGAUAAAAUGAUGUCUUUCACGAAGCUUGUUUUCCUGUUAACUGUAUGUUGCACUGCAAGAAGCAACUUUGGCUACAGACUGUACAAAAUAAACAAAAAUUAUUCUUGUAACGACGAGCUGCUUUCUGAAGCAAUGAAGGAUGAACCUCAAGAGAAUGCCUCACCGAAGGAUGGACAGUUCGCCUACCUACCAACUGAUAUAUCUUCAUUUGCUGAAGAAAAAGAGAAAAGGACAUUGCCAUUUGCUCGAUAUAAGUAUCUCAACCGAACACAAUUGAAAAGAAAAAUGUAUCAGAAUAAUGCAAGGAACAAUCGUCGAACCAAGUUCACUCUGUCCCUAGAUGUGCCCACGAACAUUCUUAAUAUUCUUUUAAACAUUGCAAAAGCUAAAAGCAUGAGAGCAAAGGCAGCAGCAAAUGCUCGUCUGAUGGCACAAAUUGGCUGAAGAAAGUAGAUUUGUAAAUAUUUAAGUUUUAAGAUAUUUCCAUGUCAGCAUGAAACUGCAGCUAUAUGCUUAUGGCCAGAAUUUGUUAUCACUAAAAAAAAUCCAUUUGGCAGGUGACAGGAAAUGUUAGGUCCUCUUUAUGAAUCAACAGAGAAUGAGAAAUUACACAGUAACUGGAAAGGUUUUGAUAAAUAUCAUAAACUUUCACCAUAAAAUCUACCCUUUAAUACAGUGGAUUAUUGAAGAGUAAAGUCAGGAAAUCAGGACUUUUCAGAAAAGUUUGACUUUACGGAAUUAGUCAAACUUAUUUCUGAAAACACAUUAAUCAUAGAGUAGUGUUAGGCCCUUUCAAUAGAUGACAUAACAAGUUAGGUACAAUAAACUCUGAUGAGCAGCACUAAUGAUUGGAAGCUAAUUCACAUAUUUUCCCUUCAUUUAGAGUUCCAUUAAUCCAGUUUUCACGUAGAUAACAAUUUUCAAAGGCUGUUUGAGAUGAUACAUGAAAAUGACCAAUGUUCACUUAGUUCCGAUUCUACCAUAGUGGUAGUUACAUAAUGCAAAUAUAAUGUAAUUUUUUGCCUAAUUGCAGCAAUCACCUCUAUUAAUUAUUCUACCACAGAUAUAUCAAUGGCAAAUAAAACCCCACUGACAGAGACAUUUGAGAAAUAUGGGAGGAAAAUAAACAUCUUAGAACCAAGAAUGUUAUGCUUAACCACAUACUAUUUUUCAUUAGAUUUUAUAUAUUGUGAUAGUAACCAUGAGAAAAAUAAUGUAAAUUUUGUGUAGUCCUGCCUAAGGGGAGGUUACAUGAAAGUAAGAUCUAGUGACCACAGACCAGGUUUUUCCUUUCACUCCUUGCUGAUCAGGACAGCUAGGGACAGAAAAUUGUUUGUCUUUUUUCACUCACUCACCCCAUUUUCAGCUGCCUGUGCCCAGAAGCUUUCAGCACAUUCUCCCAGAAGUAGACAUGCAUUUUGAGAGAUGAUGCAAAUUAGAGAAAUACAUCCAUUGGCAUUUUUCCUGCAAUGUGCAACUUUGUAAUUCUGGACUUUGCAUGCUUUUCAAACAAUUUGCAUGUCUAUUAAAUCCUGGGUCCAGCAUUUCUCUGGCAGCAAAAUAUAUCUUUAGCAGCAAAAAGAACACCUUUCAACGUUUAUCAGUGGUAAGGACUAUGCAAUCCCUAGCUGGGACAUGAAGGAUAAAACGUUGUUUUAUUGACAGCUCAGGAGUUCAAUAGCACCAUAUUGCAUCCAUAUGUUUCUACUGGCAUGUUAGCCUGUUAGUGAAUGUACAUUUACAUAGAAUAUGUAGCACAAGAAUAUUGCCAUUCUGCCCAAAUUGUCUACAUAAACCUGCUUAUGUUCUACAUAAGCCUGCUCUCACCUUCUUCACGUCAUGCUGUCAGCAGAACUUUCUACUCUUUUUCCUAAUUUAUCCUCUUAAAUGCAUCCAUGCUCUGAGGUGGCAAGUUGCUAGAAGUUUGGUCCUGUUGUGUCUCUAUCUAAAAUCAGCAAGAAAGCACACGUGUCAAUGUUAUUUUUGGAUCAGAUCAGAUCUUAUCUAAUGUUUAGAUUUCCCCUCCCUCCAAUGUCAGCUGUGGCCCAGUUGGUACCUAACUUAAUUUAAAAGGCAAAAGGAUGUGGGCUGCUCCUCUUGCUGCAGGACCUAAGUAUAUAACCUAAAUAUAUCUUUAAUCCUUUUUCCUCUCUCCAACCUGUCCCUCCCCAUUGAAGAAUCCUUUAUAAAUAGAUUAGUAAUCUCAGAUUCUCCAUCAAAAGUACUCAUAAUUCAAAGUGCUGACAGUGGAAAGUAUUUUGCUUAAUGCUUUUUAAGCAAAUAGGUUUCUAUCUACAGGUAUCAAUGAAAUACAAUGUAAAUUCAGAUACAGAAACUAUCAAAUUUAAUAACCUAGCUACAUGUUGAUAAUUGGUACUUUAAAUCAGUUCAAUGAAUUCUGUAUAUGUUCAACUCAAAAUAGUAAGAAUCUGGAGCAACCAGAUAAGUAUUUGCUUUGCAAAAUGUUGUGUUGCUCUCAGCACUACUCCAUGCAUGCUCCCCUUCUAGCAGAGUUGUACUUUGUUUCUACCUCACCCUAAGGCCACCUCUAGCCAAUGAACUUUCACCUACUGUGAACUGCUUCCUGUGGUCAUUCUUCAAAGGACUGCAGAUGUAAAUGAGUUGGUUCCCUCGCUGCACCUCAUUUAUUUUAAAAAGUCCUGUUCUCUUAAAUGGCCAAAUUUCACUGUCCAAUUUUUUUUGACUUCCUAAGAAGUCUCGGAACUUGAGUAGCCUAUAAACCCAGUUUGAGAACUGCCAUUUCAAGCCAGCAGACUACUCAGCUAACUGUUUAAGGCUUCUUCCAAAUACUACUUAAUCAAUUGCUGAAAAGAGCUCCUACGAUAUAAGAUAAAAGAGUAGAUUCUUUUGUUCUCAGUUCUGUUUGUACAAGCAGCUAUUUUCCACUGAAUAGAUCCAUUAAGUGCAAACUCAUUACUUGGUAAUUUAAAGCUUUUGCUUACAACUAACCACUAAAUUAUCCAAUCCUUUGACUAUGUUUCUGCAAAUAAGACCGAUGCUUACUUAGGUGCUCACCAUUUACAACCUCAGCAUGCCCCUGCCAUACAAUGUAGUUUUGUUCAUAUGGAUUUAAUCAGUUCAUAGUUACAUCAUUAUUUUGUUUACUUAACUUGGUUUCAUUAUGUGGCUAACUCUGGUUGAACAUUUUCAACCCCCAAUCGCAAUAUGAUAAUUUAUUAUGGUGUGAAUUGAACUCAUUGGCCCCAAUUACAUGGGGGGUGUUUCGGAAAAAAAUUGACAAAGCUGGGGAUGAAGAAGUCAUAGAUAAUGGCAACUGCAGAUGCUGGAGAAUCGAGAUAACAAAGUGUGGAGCUGGAUGCACACAGCAGGCCAAGCAGCAUCU